UACGGUGCCACUGUAAACUUUCCCUAGAAAACGCUGAAGGUGUUUGUGAUGGUACAUUUUCCUGUUAUCGUUUUAUGUUAAUACGGAUUCUGCCAUAAAACUUGAAUAUUGCCAACAUUUUUUUAAGGAAAAGGUUGUAUCGCUUACAGCGAUGGGCCGCUAUGAUAUCUGGUGUAACCGCAGGUAGACAACGUUAGUUAACGUUAAACAGCACGAUAGCUAGAAGCUAAUGUUUUAGCUACUGGUUAACGUUAAGCGCUAAAUUGGUACACCUAACGUUAAUUGCCAACGAGGAAACUUAACAAACGCUGGUCGUAACGAGCAGUUGUGAAAACUAACUUCAUUACGUUUCGCACAAAUAUAACAUCAGUGUUAGAACCUCCUUUGUCUUGUGAGCUGGCUAGCUAGGCAACGUUCACUAUAGCCAUUGACCAGCCUCAUAUCUACGUGGCUUUCAAGCAGAUGCAAGCGUUGGUCUCUUAAAAAACGAUUUGCAAAUAUGUCGGCGAAUGAAAGUACCAGCUCUUCUCUUGUCGCAGAGCUAUCCUUCUCUUUUCAGGACGAAUUGACCGCAACCAUUCAAAAUGCGCUUGGGGUGGCUGUGGAGAUAGCUGUUGUAGAGAUCACCAAACUGGUCACUCAAGUGCUGAGAGGCGUGAGAGACCAAAUGCACGAAACGUUAAGUGAUAAUAAAUCUCUGAAAUUUAGAUUACAGGCCGCAGAACUUGAACUUAGUGCAGUGCGAGAUCGUAUGGAAGAACAACGCCACACGAGUUAUGUGAAGAAAGAUGCAGCUUGUAACAUCGACAUUCAGCAGGUUCAUGACCAGCUAACCUCCUUAAGCACAGGUCUGGUGCAAACAGCCGUAAACAUCAGAACACAGGACUGUGAGAUCAAUGGUGAAGCGCAUUCUAAUCAUCGUGUCACCGACUCCGCUGAUGUGAAGGAAAUAUUUAACAUUUUGGAUGAGCCACCCGAUACUGAAACCUUUUGUGAGAUCCGCGAGGAUGGACGUGUGUGUACCCAAGACAUUAAACAGGAUGUGACCGAGGAGCCUCAGCUACAAUCUCAGGAAGGGCCUGUGACCAAGGAGGAGCAGUUGGGAUUGCGGUCCUGUAACCAGAAAGAGACUUCACAUUUCAGUGAAGAGAGUUCAGCCAGAGCUCAGAGUGCCCCACAGGCCUUGCCUGAUGAUCAGUCCAAACUAUCUGGGACUGCAGUCAAAGUCGAGGUAACAGCCCAGAACUGCAGCUCGGGCAGUGUCUCCUAUGGCACAGAGGGAGAUGAUGGGGACUUUGGAGCAGACAGUCUGUCUCUUGCCCAGUCCCAGCUCCUGGAAGACUGGAGGCCUGAACCCUUGCAGCUCCAGGGCUGUGAUGCAGACACUUUCACUCCAUCCACGAGCCAUUCUCUUGCCGACUCCCCGAUCUUCUCUGCAGACAUCCCUGACCUGGCGCUACUGGCUCAAGCUGGCACAGGGCACCCUGUGCCUUUCUCCAAACCCUACUCGCACAGGAACCCUGUGGCACCCCCGACGUCCAGCUCAGCUCAGAACCAACCGUACCCACCCCAUUCGCGAGGCCAGCAGCAUGUGUGCAAGGUCUGUGGCCAAAACUUCCGUUUGUCCGAAGAGCUGCGCCGGCACCGCAAGAACCACAUCCGGAGCCCCAAGAAGAGCCUGUUCCCGCCAGGCCGCAGCCCCUACCACUGCUCCCUGUGCGGCCGCGACUUCAACCGCAUGGAGCACCUGAAGAUCCACCAGCGUAUCCAUACGGGCGAGAGGCCCUAUGCCUGCAGUGUCUGCAACGCUCGCUUCCGCCACUCCUGGGCCCUGACACGACACUUCCGUAUCCACACCGGCGAGAAGCCGUAUGCCUGUGGCAUCUGCGGUAAGACCUUUCGGAACUGCGGGGGCUUGCGCUUCCACCAGAGAUCUCAUGGAGUCGGGGCCGUGGGCUGAGUGUCUUGAUGGCAGGCUGUUACGCAAAAGACUUGGAGCAGUCAUGGGAUUUGAAGCUUGGUUAUGCUUGGACUUGGAAAGUGAAUACUCUUCUUCUGGCUGGUCUUGAUUAGGUCAGAAGAGGCAUUUUGCUUAUAAUUGCUUCUCUGCAUUAUUACACACAUGAUGCUGUUGUUGUGCUAUCCACACCCGACAGCUGGGGCUGUUACACACGAAGACUGACUUUUUGAAUUUGUAUUUUGUACAGCUUGAAAUAUUUGAGAAUAUGUUGCAUAAAUGAUGGCCCAAUAAAGGAAAGUCCUAGUCACAGCGGAAA